GUCGCAUCAGCCUUCAACUUCGGUGCGAACUGGCCGUUGAAGACGCGCGGCUGAACCUGAUCGGGGAUCAGGACGAAGAGGACUGGGAAUGCGCGUUAGUUGCUGCUCGCGGACUGCGAAUAUCUGUCACUCACUGUCCGCAACCUCUGCUGCCUUGCCGAAGUCAUGCUCGACGUGGAAGCCCUUCGACUUUGCGUCCUCCGCGUAGUGAUCUUCACGGUUCGCGACGAGGAUGGAGUCGUUGGGGAUGCCGCUAUCGCGCAAGUUCUGCGCCUGCGCCGCGCCCUGGUUGCCGAAACCAAGGAAGACGAUCUUCUUGCCGUCGAGGACAGAGAGAUCGGCGUCGUCGUCGUAGUAGCUGUGAGCCCAAGUCAGCAAUCUUCUCCAGCUUCCCCCUAUGCUCCCACGUACAUCUUAGCGGAGCCCAUUGUGUCUGUAGGAGGCUAGCGUGUGGUAUCUGUGGACCGGGUAUGGGGAAGCAGAGGCUGAAUGUGGGGAUCCCCGCCCCUCUGUGCUCUUAUAACCAUGCGCCCCCUCCGCCUCACAUCGGGGCCCCGCGGGGUGCCGACAUAUCACCCGGCGCGCAGGCGCCGCCCCCUCCCUGCCUUCUCGCUCCUCUGGACGAGGUCAGGCGGACGGCCGGACCGGACUUCCCGCCCAUUGUUCCCGGUACGCAGUCGCAAGUGCCCCCACAUCGCGGCUCUAUCGCCCCGUAGAUCCGCAGCGAUGGGUCAUGGGGUGCGCGUUCGUAUGUUUUGUGUUUCCCCUAUCGCCAUCGCUAUGUCUGUCUCUCUCGCUGCGAACAAGAUUGUGUGUAUCACGGGCGCGUCGCGCGGGAUAGGACGAGGGUGGUGAGUGCAACGUAGUUGGAGAGAUGUUCUGUCGCUGACCCAUCACUUUCACCCCCCAUCGCGCCACCGUACUGGUCUCCCCUCUCAUAAC